AUGUUCUCACAAGGGAAGCAGGGCUCGCUGUUCUCCCUCGGCGGAGGCCCCAGCGGCAUGGCGGCCAACGACAAGACGAAGAACAAGCCGCUCACGCAGGCGGAGAGGUACGAGCAGGCGCUUGUCACAGCAAAGGUGUUUCUAGAAGACAGUCGGGCACGCAUGACCAAGUCCAUGGACAAGUACAGCGCUGUUGUGAACAGCAACUACUGGUUCUACGGGUACUUUGGCGGUAACAUGAUGGCGACCAUGGCGGCCUGUUUGGCGCUGGGCAACCGCUGGGCCUUUUUUAGGUCAUACAGCGGCUGGAUCGCCGUCUUUGGCGGCUACUUUGGCGGCAAGGCGUGCCUCGCCGCCCACUCGAGCGUGCUGCUUGGCGGCGUCGUGGCGCAGCUGAAUCAUGAGAUCGAAGAGGCCAAGCGGAUGGACGAGCAGACGGAUCACAUUGUGCCAGACUACCUGCGUGAGGCAGAGCGGCUAACGCAAGUGAAGUACGAGCUGGUGCCGACGCUGCCUGAGGCGGUCGAGGCACGCGCCCACCACACAGAGCAGACCCUUGACGACCGCGCCAACGCACUCAUCGAGGCUUAUAUGAAGCGCAAGGAGGCCCUCGGGAAGUAG